AUGACAGAUUUUACAGAAGAAGAUACGUGGUUACAAAUACAAGGUGAACUCAGUUUGAGGAAACUAACAGAGGGUUCAGAGUAUCAAGAGGAACUAAAUUACGACUUCAAUAUAAAAGGGGAACUGAGGCAUCUGGAUACAAACGAGUCCUUUGUUUUCAAUUACUACAAGAAUGAACAUGAGCAGAAUCAUAAACGCUAUGAAGUUCUGGGACAUUUUAUUACUCAGUAUGUUUAUGAGCUCCUGGAAAGAGUCUGCAUGCUGCACAAGGUUUACAUUCCUACUGAUGCUACAGAGGAUGAGCCAAGAAGCUUCUUUUUCAUGAGCAAGGAUGCACUAACAAGUUCCUCUAGCCUAAUUAUCCUUCUUCAAGACCGUGGAGUUUUUUGUGCUGGACAGUGGGGGCGAAGGGCAAUUGUCAGUGAGGGCCUGAAACAUGGAACACAAAUGCCAUUCAUCAAAAUGGCCCUGCAAAACCACUGGGAAGUGAUUGUACUGAACCCCAAUGACAAUUUCACUGAUCUGAACGCUGAAAAGAAGAGGUUUGCUGCCAGGAAAGAAGCGCUUACUUUUACACAGUCUGCCUGUUGGAUCCCCAAAAGGGGCAGCAGCAGCCCUGAAGAGCAUACCGUGUAUGUAUGGGAUCAUUUCAUUGCAAAGAGUGCAGCCAGGAACGUGGCCUUCAUUGCCCAUGGCUAUGGGGGGUUGGUGUUUGUUGAUCUGCUGGUGCAGAGGAAAUGUGAGGUGAUGAAUAAAGUGUAUUGUGUGGCAUUCAUUGACUCCACGCACAACGUGCAGCACCAGAGCAGACACGAUCCAGAAAUACAAGAAUGGAUACACAAAAACUGCCAAGAAUGGGUGUCUAACAGUAAACCCCUAAAUAAAACUGUGCACUUUCUCAUGAGAGCAAAUUGUCCUACUUUCUCUGCUGGAACAGAAAAGUAUAGUUUAGCACCCUCCUGCUGCUUACAAUCCAUCUUUAAGUACCUGAAAACCAUGCUGAAAGCCAAGAUUGCAACAGCCUUGAGGAAUUCACCCGCUGCAACUAGAAGCAGCACAAGAAAGAAGACAGGCAAUAAAUAAAGGUACACUGGUUUGUUCUUGA